AUGGCAUUACUAAUUCCAGGACCCAGUGCUCCAGGCAAAGACAUAGAUGUCUUUUUACGACCUCUAAUUGAUGAGCUCAAGGAAUUAUGGGAAAAUGGGGUGCGUACUUUUGAUAUUGUUGACCAAGAAUAUUUUACAAUGCGUGCUGCAGUAUUAUGGACGAUUAAUGAUUUUCCAGCAUAUGGUACUGUGUCUGGGUAUAGCACUCAAGGGUAUAAGGCUUGUCCUGUUUGUGAGGAAGACACAUCUUCAUUUCGAGUAAGAGGAAAAACAUGUUUCAUGGGUCAUCGUCGAUAUUUGAGUUUGAACCACCACUGGCGCAAGGAUAAAGAGUACGAUGGCACAAUUGAAAGACGUUCGGCUCCAAGAAUUUUAACAGGAGAUGAAAUCUUGGACAAAGUAAAAGGUUUAUGGAAAUGUAGGCCAGGGAAAAAUGAUAAGAUCAUUAAGGAAGAUAAGCAACAAAUGAAGGAUGCAUCUUAUGAAAACAAAACAAACUGGAGGCGAAAAAGAAAUAUUUCUCGAAAUGUUAACAUGAAAGAUGGAAAAUUAUUUGGGUUGAAAAGCCAUGAUUGUCAUAUCUUACUGCAAAGGUUGUUACCUAUUGGUUUAAGGCCAUAUUUGAAUAAAAAGGUGAUGGAUGCAAUUGCUGAGUUAUCAUUGUUCUUUAGAAAACUAUGUGCGAGGACAUUAAAUGUGAAAGACUUAGAUGAAUUGGAAGAGGGCAUUGUACUUACCUUAUGUAAAUUGGAAAGUAUUUUUCCUCCUGCUUUCUUUGAUGUGAUGAUUCAUCUUGCGGUGCAUUUGCCAUUAGAAGCUAAGUUGGGAGGUCCAGUACAAAUGCGAUGGAUGUAUUCAAUCGAAAGGGAAUUAGGUCAUUUAAAGAAAUAUGUAAAGAACAAAGCUCGACCUGAAGGUUGUAUUGCUCAAGGAUACAUUAUUACCGAGGCAUUAAAUUUUUGUUCCAUGUAUCUUCGUGGAAUAGAGACACGAUUUAAUCGCCCUGAUCGUAAUUCUGAAAACCUUGGCGUCAGAAAAGAAUCUACCUUGUCUAUAUUCAACAUGCCUACAAGACCAUUUGGCAAACAAUCAUCUUUCACACUAACUCAAGAGGAACGAAACCAAGUUCAAUGGUACAUUUUGAAUAAUUGUCCUGAGUUAGACACAUACUUAACAGAACAUAGAUUAUUCUUACAAUCUCAAGGAUUUUCCGACAUUGACCAAGUACAAAAAAAUGAAUUUUCAAGAUGGUUUGAAAAUAAAAUAAAAAAAAUGAACGAAACAACUUCUGGUCAAGCAGUAGAAGAUUUGUAUGCAAUUGCAGUGCAACCUGAUUUGUUGGUUUGUUCAUAUGAUGGUUGUAUGGUUAAUGGAGUUCGAUAUCAUACAAAAAGUCGAGAUGAAAAACGUUCAACUCAAAAUCAUGGUGUUUUGGUUGAAGCAGAAUAUGAAGGAAAAAUGUGUAAUUUUUACGGCGCCAUUGAUGAAAUUUGGGAACUCAAAAUGGUUUGA